AUGGGCAGCAGCUCCUGGGUGCAUGCUGCGGUGGGGCCCUGUGGGAGUGUGUGGGCAGGCGCAAGCCCCUCCAGCCAACUGCCCCCUGCCCUCCAGGUCUUCUCCAAGAUCUUCAGUCACGAGGCCCUGCAGAGCUACCUGCCCAAGAUCCAGCUGGUGAUCCAGGACACGCUUCGUGCCUGGAGCAGCCGCCCCGAGGCCAUCAACGUGUACCAGGAGACGCAGAAGCUCACCUUCCGCAUGGCCAUCCGUGUGCUGCUGGGCUUCAGCAUCCCUGAAGAGGACCUUGGCCACCUCUUUGAAGUCUACCAGCAGUUUGUGGAGAACGUCUUCUCCCUGCCCGUCGACUUGCCUUUCAGCGGUUACCGGCGGGGCAUUCAGGCACGGCAGAUCUUGCAGAAGGGCCUGGAAAAGGCGAUCCGGGAGAAGCUGCAGUGCACCCAGGGCAAGGACUACUCGGAUGCACUGGACAUCCUCAUCGAGAGCAGCAAGGAGCACGGCAAGGAGAUGACCAUGCAGGAGCUGAAGGACGGGACCCUGGAGCUGAUCUUCGCAGCUUAUGCCACCACGGCCAGCGCCAGCACGUCGCUCAUCAUGCAGCUGCUGAAGCACCCCGCCGUGCUGGAGAAGCUGCGCGAGGAGCUGCGGGCCCAGGGCAUCCUGCACAGCGGCGGCUGCCCUUGCGAGGGCACGCUGCGCCUUGACACUCUCAGCGGGCUCCACUACCUGGACUGCGUCAUCAAGGAGGUCAUGCGCCUUUUCACACCCAUUUCUGGUGGCUACCGUACCGUGCUGCAGACCUUCGAGCUCGAUGGUUUCCAGAUCCCCAAAGGCUGGAGUGUCAUGUACAGCAUCCGGGACACCCACGACACGGCACCCGUGUUCAAGGACGUGAACGUGUUCGAUCCGGACCGCUUUGGUCAGGCCCGGAGUGAAGACAAGGAUGGCCGCUUCCAUUACCUCCCGUUUGGUGGCGGAGUCCGCACCUGCCUGGGCAAGCAUCUGGCCAAGCUGUUCCUGAAGGUUCUGGCGGUAGAGCUGGCCAGCACAAGUCGCUUUGAGCUGGCCACCAGGACCUUCCCCCGCAUCACCUUGGUCCCUGUCCUGCACCCCGUGGAUGGCCUCAGUGUCAAGUUCUUUGGCCUGGACUCUAACCAGAACAAGAUCCUGCCAGAGACGGAGGCCAUGCUGAGUGCCACAGUCUAACUGCGCCUAGUCUGUACCCCCACCUCAGCCCAGCCAGGCCUGGGGGUGGGUGGUGGUGGUGGGAGGCACCAGAAGGGUCGAAACCUGUGUGUGGGAGUGGGCGGGCACCUGGGGAAGGGGGAGUGGCCCCCCCAUACCUUGCCCUCCCCUGUCCCGCCCCCCGGCAAACCCUACCCAAAGCCAGAAAGGCCCCAUCCUUCCGGGGGGCGGGGGGAGGGAAGGACCCUUUUCCUGGCUCCUACUUCUGUCCCAGUCCCUCCAGUUCCCACCGGCUUAGCUCCUGGGAAGUGGCAGGGCGGGGUGCUCCGCAUGCCCAUUACAGUGUUAAACGUCAGUGGCUCAGCUGCAGCAUUUGCUUGUGAUGCUCCGUACUGGUCCCUCUUCUCCAUUGCUUUUGCACCCUUUUUAGUCUGAGGGCAGGUGGUUGAUGUGGGGGAGGGAGGAAAAGAGGGGCCCCCUUUGGCUCUCAAUUCAGCACCCCCCCCCUCCUGCUUUGACUCACGCGGGUGGAGUGCCCCUCCUUGUGUGGCCGUCAAAGAACAGCAUCCUGGGUAAUAGAACACAAGUUCCCUUUGGUGGGGUGGGGGGCUGCAAGCAGCCUGAAGGGGCCCCACCCUUUUGCCCGUUUGGACAUUUGAAAUUACCUAUUGCUGCUACUUUUUCUCUCUUCUGACCUUGGGGCAAAGGAGCCCCAGGCCCUGUCCUCCCAGCAUCCUCCCUGGUGGCCCUGGGCAUGCGCACUGACAUCCCCACCUUCCCACCAGGCAGCCUUGAGCCCAUCCUGCUCCCCUGUUACACACACGCCCAAGGCCUUUGGCUCAUGGGCUGUACCCCUGCCCCCCCACCUCCUCCCCAGCCCCCCAUAUUUAUUCACUGAUAUAACCGAAUCUUGGUGUUCCUGGGGACUGGAACAAGCCUCUCGCUGUCCCCUAGCCUCUGUCCCAGCUGUCCAGGGCAGGACUUCUGCGAAUGACGCUGUCUCCCACCCCCCACUCCUAGGCUCCAGACCCCCUAUGGGCUCAUCCUCAGAGCCUCACUCCCCGGGUGAAGUCCCGUGCCUCUGCCUUUGCCCUCGGUGGAGAUGGGGAAAUGGCCCACUGCCUCCCUCCCUGCUCUGUCAAAAGCCCUGAUCAUGUGAGGAUUUGGAGGCCGCCAUAAGCUCCUGCUUGGCCACUGUUCACCCCGGUGCCCCCCCCACUCCUGCUAGUGAGCAUGGGGAAGUAUACGGGUUCUUUCUUCUGACAGGGAGCAAGGGCCUCUGCCGUCCCUCCCUUGACCUUCACCCUUGGCCCUUUGCCCUUGGAAAGAUGUCCUUGAAGUCCUUCCCACCUCGAUGCCACUGUCUGCUUAGCCCAGCUCAGGGGUGUGGGCACAAGAUGAAAGCAAGGGGAGGUGAGCAUAGGAGGCAGCCCUUCGGCUGCACUGACUUGGGUCCUCUGCUGUGGUCUCGAGGCAGCUGCCGGGGGCGCUGCAGAGCUGAGGAGGAGGGUAUGUGCGAUUUGUCAGAAGUGAUUUGGUGGAAAACUGGCCGGUCAGGGGAUGACUGGGGGAAAGAAGAGUAGCUCCUGCCACUGGCAUUUUGAGUGUUGGCAAUUUGGGAUGCCUCCCGGGGAUGAUCUGGGGGUCUUUGGUGAGUCUCCAAGUGAUUUUGUCUGUUUUCAGAUUUUUCUUUGCUUUCUCUGUUUCUCUAUUGGCUUUUGAUGUUAUAAAAGCAAUGACUCCUCUUCACAAGAAAAUCAAAAACACACAGAAGAGUGCAGGAUACCGAACUCUCCAGUCCUUCUCCAUAGCAGUGACCACCGUGGGCAGCUGCGUGGCCCCCUCCAUGGUGCUCAGUGGGAGGACCACAGCCCCCUCCCCCCGACCCUGCUCACACCCCCACGUGGUAGGCUUUAGGGGAAUGGGCUCCUGCCUGACGACUGCUCUGUAACCCCUGUUCUCAAGUGUUUCGUUUGGUUCCUACUUUUCCACUACUAAAGAAUCCGUGCAGAACAGAUAUCAUUGGCAAAAAGACAUUUUUUAAAAAUUAGCAAAACCUCUCAAUCCACCCUGUACAACACACACACACACACACACACACACACACACACAUUCUGAAAAACAGGCAAACGUGUAAAGACUCAUCAAAGCUUGCAAAAGAGCUGCUUGGUGCACCAGAAUUUGUUACCCAUAAUAAAAGCCCAGUGUCUGGAGGGUUCAUGCUCCUUCAAGCUGCCGCAGCCUGCCCUAAAUCAAUCGUUUUUUGACUGAAUAUCUACGAAGGCAGUAAGUGCUACUCCAGACAAGAAGCCCACCAGGCCUGGCCCUGGUGGGGCGGCGGGGAGGGGGGGCGGCUGGCAGGCUCUGGGAGGCACCUUCUGUUGGGGUGACCAGCCUGGGAGGGGCCGAGGGAAAGGCUGAGGGGGUCCCUGUGAGGAGGAAGGAAGGAUUAUUUGCCCCGCUGGGUCUCAAAGGCAACAAGAAGAGAACGGAAAGAUGCUCUUGACUCUUGACUGGCUGACAGGAGGCUCCAGUGUUGAAAUGUGGCCGUCUCUCGUCUCUGUCCAGCCGUGCCUGUGUGUUUGUGUGCAGUCACACAAUUGGUGGUGUUAGAUGGGUUCGUUUCCUCACGUACCAUUCCUAACUCGUGUAACUUGACACUAAAAAGACAAAAACCCCACAACACUCUUCCUGCCACGGGCUUGCAGAUUGAAGCACUUUCGAUGUUGGGCGCUGGCAUUUGUGAUCUGGGCACCAUUCUGACCCUGCCCAGAUCACUAUAAUAUUAUUUUAUACACAAAACUUUUUUUUUCAUAAAUGUUAUAAUUUUGUGUCUGUCUUUAUAAACUAUUAUAAGUACUAUUUUUGUUAUAAUUCAAAAUAGAUAUUUAGUAUAAAGUUUUUGCUGUUAAAUAUUUGUUAUUUAGUAAAAUAUGAAUUUUUUUCUCUAUUGUAAACAUGGUUCAAAAUAUUAAUAUGUUUUUAUCACAGUUGUUUUAAUAUUGAAAAAGCACUUGUGUGUUUUGUUUUGAUAUGAAACUGGUGCCGUGUGAGUGUUUUGGCUGUCAUGUGGUUUUAAUCUGUAUAUAAUAUUCCAUGUUGCAUAUUAAAAAAAAAUGAAUGUUGUGCAUUUUGUGAUUUUGGAAAUACUCAACCUGGCUCUUUUAUAGGCUUCCAUAAUAAACCGUGGGGACUCACCCUUG